UCCAUCACACAACUCCUACCCAACAGAAAUUAGCCCCAUUAAACAAAAAAAUAAAAAGAGAACAAAAAUUUAGUACGUCUUGUAUUUUCCAAUCCCCUAACAUAUUCUUCAUUUUUUUUUUUUUUUUUUUACCUCCAAUAAAAAGGGAAGCUAACUCAAAAUGGGUCAGACACUUUUGGAUGCUCUAAACGUACGAGUCGUAGGUUCAGGUGACAGAUUUCUUGUGUUUGCCCAUGGGUUUGGCACUGACCAAUCUGCUUGGAAUCGAAUUUUACCUUUUUUUCUCAGAGAUUACCGUGUUGUAUUAUAUGAUCUUGUCUGUGCUGGCAGUGUGAAUCCUGAUUUCUUUGAUUUUCGACGUUAUACGACACUUGACCCUUAUGUUGAUGAUCUUCUGAAUAUCAUUGAUGCUCUUGGUAUUGAUCGUUGUGCUUAUGUUGGACACUCUGUCUCUGCUAUGAUCGGGAUUCUUGCUUCCAUUCGUAGGCCUGAACUUUUCUCCAAACUCAUCCUCAUCGGUGCUUCUCCCAGGUUCUUGAAUGAUGAAGACUACCAUGGUGGAUUUGAACAAGGAGAAAUAGAGAGAGUAUUUUCAGCAAUGGAGGCAAAUUACGAGGCAUGGGUUAAUGGUUUUGCCCCUUUGGCUGUCGGAGCCGAUGUUCCGGCAGCGGUACGAGAAUUCAGUAGGACAUUAUUCAAUAUGCGACCGGACAUAACGUUGUUCGUGUCGAGGACAGUGUUUAAUAGUGACAUGAGAGGGGUUUUAGGCCUUGUGAAAGUACCAUGCCACAUUUUUCAGACAGCAAGGGACCACUCUGUACCUGCUUCAGUCGCGACGUACCUAAGGUACCACCUUGGUGGGCGUAACACGGUACAUUGGUUGAAUAUUGAGGGUCAUUUGCCCCACCUUAGUGCCCCUACCUUAUUGGCUCAAGAGCUUAGGAGAGCUCUUUCUCAUAGGUGAAUGGUCGCGCUGAAAAAGGUACAGAGUGAUUAAAUCCAUAAAAUUUAAAUCUUGAAUUUACUUCUGUACAAACAAAAAAAAAGAGGAGCCAUGGCUUGUUUAAAUUUUGAACCUUCAUACACUUUGAGGAUUUGUGGAAAAGUUUGGAUAUUUACCAAAUAAGAUGUUGAGAACAUUCAAGAAUAACAAUCCUUAAAAAAAGAUCUUGAAUACACAAACUAUGCACAAGUCUUGAGUGUUUUUUGUGCAUCGGAAGUUACUUAACAAAUGCUUAAAGAUUUUGUUCCUCAAAUUUGUUUUCUUGUUUUUGCUUUUGUGUAGAUUUUCCAAUAAAGUAAGAGAGGUUUUGGUUUUCUUGUUCCAAAUUACUGUGAGGGAAUAAGGUGAUGGAGAUGAAAAUUUUUAUUCACAUUUGGAGAAUUCUUUUUGUCUCAUAAGUUAAUGGACUCAAACUUUAUGAACCCAAAAAUUUAAGAUUUGAGUCCACCAAUUAUAAGGCCAAAAAGAACCUUGUACACUAAUGUUAAUUGUGUGAAGCACAAAAAUAAUUUUUUGAAAGGAGAUGGUGACACCAGGCAGAAUGGGAGGCAAGGGUCCAUUAUUGCAGUAGGAGUAUAAGAUAUGACUACCCAAAACAAGAAGAGGAUAAGAAUCUGCACCUGAACUUCACGUGAUGGAAGUGUCUCCUCUGGACCAUUUCCUCCUUCCUCUUUAAUUUUGUUGUGUUUUUUCAACCCCACUUCUGUUUUUUCCUUUCAACUUCAUUUGGUAUUUUCGUAAGAGUUUGCAUCUUUCUUAAA